AUGCAACCAACAGCAACACGAAAAUUUGAAUAUUUCAGGGUUGGUGCUAGUUUCCCGACUCCUAUCGCCGAAGAAGAAGCACCCGUCGCAGUCGCGGAAGAACCAAUUCCUCAGCUUGUUGCCGAACCAGUCCAUGCCGCUCCGGACGUGGAACCGGCUCCGGUGAUAGCACCGGCGCCAGCGCCAGUAGUAGUUCCAGCGCCAGCGCCAGUAGUAGUGCCAGCGCCAGCGCCAGUAGUGGCGCCAGCGCCGGUAGUAGCACCAGCGCCAGCACCGGUGAUAGAACCGGCCCCAGCGCCAGUAAUGGUACCAGAGCCGGUUGUAGCACCACAGCCAGUUAUAGCGGCAGUUCCAGUUCAGCCCCAAGUAUUACACGUGCCUCACCAUAAACCCAACAGGGAAGUUCAUAAUGUUGUGAGCCAUUACACUAGAGAAAGUGUUGGAAAAUCCGCAACUGCUAUGGUUUCCGGAGGUGACCACGCCACUGUGGAUGAUAUGCAUUUCUUACCUAACGAUCAUUUCUUCGACGGCUUUGCCGAACCGAUGCGAAAGACACGACUUCAUCGCCAAAAAUUAACUUCCAAAAAAGUUGCACGAACGCACAAAACCUUUGAAAAGAAGAAGAAGAACUAA